AGUCUAUCGCAGGACCGGUUUCGUGUCGACCUGAAAACGUCAAACCAAGAGAGACACGGGUAGACUACGCAUCCGAAUACUUUCAAAAUCCAGGCUGCACAGAGGAGCGGGACAAUGCCACACAACUUCCAGCCCGGAGACCUGGUCUUCGCUAAAAUGAAGGGAUACCCCCACUGGCCAGCCAGGAUUGAAGAUGUGGCUGAUGGAGCAGUGAAACCACCCCCCAAUAAAAUCCCCAUUUUCUUCUUUGGGACACAUGAGACAGCAUUCCUCGCACCAAAGGACCUUUUUGCAUAUGAAAAGUACAGAGAACGUUAUGGGAAGCCCAACAAAAGAAAGGGAUUCAAUGAAGGUUUAUGGGAGAUUCAGAACAAUCCACAUGCCUCCUACAGCGCUCCACCUGUACCGGCGAGCUCAUCAGACAGCGAGGGUAACAAUGCCGGAGGUGGGAGCGAUGAGGAGGAUGAGGAUGAGGAAGCUGCUGUUCCUCAAAAAGCCGACUCAGGAAGUGAGGUCGAUUCAGAUUCUGGGAGUGAAGACCGAGGCAGAGGAGGGGGAGGAGGAGGAGGAGGAGGAGGAGUGAAGCGAAAGCCACAGGCUCCUAAGAGGCCUCCUCCUCCUAAAAAAGCUCGGGGCUCAUCUAGUGACCGCAACGAAGAGGACAGUGGAUCCCCGUCUGAAUCGGAACCCACGCCUUCAGAGUCUGACUCCGGGAAAAACAGUGACCAGGAUUUUACCCCAGAGAAGAAAUCUGGAGGACGAGGAGGUGGAAAGAAAGCAGGAGGCAGAGGAAAGAAAAAGAAGGCUACGUCUGACUCGGAUUCAGAAUCGAGAUCAGGCUCAGAGAAGAAAGUAGUGGACAGCGACUCUGAGGAUGACAAACCUCGACCAGCUCUCUCCGGCUCAGAAUCCCAGUCUGGCUCCAAGUCCGAUUCAGAUUCAGAUCCACCUCCUCGGAAGGGCCCGCAGGCUCGCAAGAAAGAGAAGCCUGCCCCGAAGCCUCGUGCACGAAAACCCAAACCUGCCCCGGCAAAGCGGGCACCUUCAUCAUCCUCCGACAGUGACAGUGACAGUGAGCCUGACCGCAUCAGCGAAUGGAAGAAACGAGACGAGGAACGCAGACGAGAGCUGGAGGAGCGCCGGAAAAAGGAGGAGGCAGAGGAGCUCCGCCGGCUACGCGAGAGAGAGAAGGAGGAAGAGGAGAAAAAGAAGAAAGAUAAGGAUAAGGGCAAAAAAGGGAGCGACAGUGACAGCAGCAGUAGCUCGGAUGAAGGUAUAGACGACCACCCGUUGAAGAAGUCUAAGAAACCUCCUCCGCCCCCAAUUCCUGCACCCUCAGACUCUGAUUCUCCACCACCAGCUGAGGUGAAGAAACCAUCCAAGAAGUUAGACAACCAGAAGAAGGCCAGAGGAAAGAAAGAGAAGGAGAGAAAAGAACGAAAGGAGAAAGAGCUGAAAGAGAAGAAAGCUAGACAGUCAGAGGAGAAGUCCAGAGUGAGGUCUAAGCCUGAAAAACCCAAACGCAAACCGGAGAGGGUGCCAGAGAAGAAAGUGGAAAAGAAAAAGGAGCCAUCACCAGAAGAAAGGCUACAGAAACUCCAUACAGACAUAAAGUUUGCACUUAAAGUGGAUAACCCUGACAUAGAGCGAUGUUUACAAGCACUGGAAGAGCUCGAGGCUGUACCCGUCACCAGCCAGAUCCUCCAUAAAAAUGCUGAAGUUAUUGCCACACUAAAAAAGAUUCGGCGGUAUAAAGCCAGUGCUGCUGUCAUGGAAAAGGCUACUGAUGUCUACAACAAGUUAAAACUUCGCUUCGUGGGCAAGGCAGAGGUGGCAGCUAAACCUAAAACAGAGAACAAAGAAGAGGAGGAAGAUGGUGAGAAGGAGACACACGAUGCAGAUUCUACUCCUGUAAAUGGGGAAUCAGAGCAGAAAAAGAAUGACACAGAGGUUGAGGAAAAACCAAAAUCGCCUGCACCAGAGGAGAACAACGACGAAGCCUCUUCAAGUCCAAACAGACGGAGCCCUGACAGCCCAGCUGAUCAACUGACACACACGUAUGAAGAAGCAGACAACUCCAUCUCUGCAGAGAUGGAACCACCUGCCAUAGAAAGCUAAAGGACCCUUAAGAACCACUGCAGUGGACCAAGUGCUAAAAGAUGGUGGCCUCUGUUUGACGUCAUACAGUGCUCCUCGCCCUACAACAUGGCAACACACACCCAGCAUUUCCUACAGUAACUGUCGAUAUAGAUGUUCUGGACAUUUGGCACUACGAUGAUAUCAAACCAGAAACCCCUUUUUGUUCACACCUUUUGGUCCAUUAUUUAUCGCAGCAAAAAGGAAAGCUUACUAGCGUCAUAGUUUGUGGCACUGCGCAAACCUCUUUUUUUAUUUCUGAAUUGUUCCUUUUAUACGACAUUUGGCCCGUCCUGGAUCGUCACCUCUGAAACCCCUGCUCAUGGCUACUUUGUUCUUUGUACAAUAUGAACUCGUAUUUUGUUUGUUCAUACCUUAUGCACAUUGAAUGAUACAUUUUUAGCACCUCUAACUGGACAUUAUCUUGGGGUAGUAUGAGAAGAAACUUUAAUGAUUCUUGCAGGGAAUCGGGGAAGCAAUGCUGUUAAUUUGUUGCUUUGAAGAUUUUGUGCAGCCCUAACAUCCAUUGGUUUCAUUUUAUAAAGCCUGCAAAACAUCACAAAUGCCUCUUGUCUGCGUGUAUGACACUGUGAGAGUGGUAAAGUACUAUUUGUGAGUCUUAUAUGUUACGUAUUUUUUUAAUUAUCAGGUCUUGAUCCAGUUACUCUAGUAUGAAAUGUCACUUUUACUGUUUUUCACUGAGGUCCACCUACUUUUUUUAUAACCUUGUUUUCAUAUAGUUCCAGUUUUGUCUAAAAUAACAAUUUAUGUGGAGUAAAACAACAUGCACUCCCCUCUCCCCUAGUGUCUGCUUUCAGUAACUUGCAUAAAUGGAAUAACCAUACAGAUGAAUACCUGCCCUUGAAAGCUAUCGAGAUCUCCUGUAGCUGCAGCCUAUUUGGACAUUUUUCUUGUCAUGUGCAUACAGGUGUUUUUAGUGCUAUGUAAAUUGGUAAAGCAUUUCUAUCGUUUAGUUGAGACUUGAAUAAAAAUCUCAGCAUGG